AUCUGUUGAAGUAGUUCGUAAAAUUUUGAAUUUUGUUUUCGAUUAAAUGGCCGAGGAGCUCCGAAUGCCCGGAUUUUAUAAAACCCGGGUCACGGCAUAUAUAAUUCCCCACUUACGGAAGCGAAAAUGAAAAACAAAUGGUGUCUAUUUGUUGUGUUUUACGUAUCAUUUCAUGCCUGUCUAUGUGCAGAAACAUUAAGACUUGUGAAUUUGGUGUACAGGCAUGGGGACAGAAGCCCUAUUGAGAUUUUUCCCAAGGAUGUCAAUCAGAUCGAGAAGUGGCCGCAAGGGUUGGGAUGGCUUUCUAAGAUUGGUAUGAAGCAACACUAUGCCCUCGGGCAGCUGCUGAAGACCCGCUACAUCGACAGCGGCUUCAUGAAGGCAGAAUAUAGCAGAUAUGAGAUCAGUAUUGAGAGUUCGGAUGAGGACAGAUGUUUAAUGAGUGCUUACUCCAAUCUAGCUGGUAUGUAUCCACCAGACGACGACCAAAAGUUCAACCAUGACAUCCCAUGGCAGCCCAUACCUGUACAUACAAGGCCGGCUUAUGAAGAUAAUAUGUUAAACAUGGGUGAGGCAUGCCCACGGUAUGACGAACUCCUGGAGAAAACCAUGGAGACCUUCGCUAUUCAGGAAGAGGAGAAGAGGAAUAAGAUGUUCUAUCAAUACCUAGGCAAUGUCAGUGGAUGGGAUCACGAGAAUAUUUCCAACAUUUGGAGAAUAGCCGACACCCUGUACUGUGAGAAGUCCCACAACCUGACAGUGAACACAUGGGCAGACCAGAAAUGGAACAAUACUCAGACUGUGUUUGAGAAACUACGAAAACUGGAGAACUUUCAGUUUACCCUGCUCUAUAAUGGGAGCGAGAUGAGCAUGCUCAAGGGAGGUCCUCUAUUAGGUCGUUACAUUGAAAACAUGAAAAAUAAGAUGCAGUUUCUGAAUGUGACAACAAGGAUGUACAUGUACUCAGGGCAUGACACUACAGUAGCAGCUCUGUUAUCAGCGCUGGGUCUGUUCAACGACGUUAGUCCCCAAUACACAGCAACAGUUGUAGCAGAGUUGCACGAGGAUCCUUCAAAGUCUUUCUAUGUCAACAUUUUCUACAAGAACCAGACCUACAAUGAUAAAUUUGUACCGCUAACUUUACCUGGAUGUGCAUUCGAUUGCCCCUUUGACCAGUUUGUGAAACUCACUAAAGACGCUGUACCAACAGACUGGAAACGCCAGUGUGGGUACCCCGAACCAAAGGGUAAAUCUGGAUCCAGUGGAUUAAGUACAGGCUGGAUCGUGUCAAUAGGACUUACUGGCUUGCUGGUUGUGGUUCUAGUUGUAGGCAUAACAUGUGUUGUGAAAGAACAAAGAAAACAUGCCAACAUGCCAUAUGGACGAUUUGAUGUCUCUUCAUGAUCAAAAUAAUUUUGUUACAUAAGGCAAAAAAAAUUGGUUUGGUUAGGUUUAAUGCCUUUCAAAACUUAGGUAAGGUAGGCUUUUUUUUUUCAUAGGAACUUGAUUGUCAUCAUUGAAGAAUGGCGUUACAGUUAUAUUCUGCAUAAAGCUUUAAAGGUUUUAAGCCUCAUAUUAAAACGCACAUAUAAAAACGUAUUUUUUUCAUUUUUAUUAUUUUUAUUUUUUCACAACUGACCCAAAAAUGGCAGGGUCUGUUAACCCAAACAAAAUGGUGCUUUUUUUGGCCUUAAAGAGCAAAUGUUUAUAAUUUCAGGGCUUUGCGUAUUUACAGCAAAUGACCUUUCAAUAAAAAGUGCCUUUUCCCUAUUUAUACAUUUCAUUCCUAAGAAAGUAUUACUUAAUAUAUAUUUUACUUAUAUGUACUUGGUAAUUUAAAAUAUUAUGUCAACUUAUGUUGCACAAUAAUAGAACUUUUGAAACAGCAACAGUGAAAUUAUGAUGUUUAAGUUUGUAAGUAUAUAGAAAAAAUAAUUGUACUAUCAAUGUAAAACAUUAGGGUUUAUUUAUGGAAUGGUUGGUUUAUGUCUCGUGCAGAUUUUGUAUACAGAAUAACUUGUAUUUGAGGAUAAGGCAACUUUUAUCUGUAAUAUUUGUGAUAUAAACAAUCUCAAUGUUCACAAUUUUUACUUAAUUAAUUAAUAGAAGGCCCAAAUUUAUUUUGUGUUUAAUAAUUUGUGUGUCAACUACUGCAUAAAAUGAAUUUAAAAAGUUGGAUUAGUUUUCAAGCUUUGUCUCGGCAUCCAAUAUAAAGCCGGUUAAAUCUUUUUUUAAAGUUAGUUAUUGAUAAGUAAUAUAUAAAAAAGCUAUGUUUUUUGGCCAAUACAACCAAAAGCUUUUUCGAUUAUUUUUUUCAAAUGCUGUGAUUUUAAGAAGCCUUAUGUAUAUAAAAAUAUUUUUAUUUUUUAUUUUUUGUCUACAGAAAAUCUUACAUUUAAAUUGUUAUAAUGUCAGUGUUUAUUUCAAUGUUGCACUCUGAUUGGAUGAGCUUGAUGUAAUUUAACUAAUGGUAUACUACCUUACUAUUAUCAAAUAUUAUUUUAUAGAAUGGAAGGUUUUCUUUUUUCGUUCUAUACCAAUAAAUACUUGUUAAACUAAUUUUAAAUCGUGUUGAACAAAUAAAUAUCAGUAUUAAUCACAAUUUUUGUGAGUAUAUUCUGUAUGAACAUAGACGCAUGAAGCAAUAUAAAACAUUUAUAACCUUAUGGCUUUUUUGUGUAAUUUUUCUCUGUUUUUCUUGAAAGAAUCAAACCUAUGUGGUUGCAUGUAAGUUUGUAUAAUUUAAAUGAGUGGGAUCAGUUUUUUAAACUUCGUAAGUUUCUAUUAUUCUGUGAACAAAAAUCAUCCAAGUUAUUUUAUUCUUUUUGAUUAUGAUGAAUUAAUAUGUGCACAUGUAUACCAUUCCAGUUGAACCAUGACAAGCAGAAAUGGAACUUGAUAUAAAUUUAUAAAAAAAAAAGAUUUGGGGUAUAAUAUCAGACAUAUAUUUUUUAUGUAUUUGUCUUUAAGCCAAGUAUAUUACUUAUAGUACCCACACUGUUUUAUACAAAUAACACAAUGGCAACAGCUGUUGAUUUCAGUUACAAGAAAUAAUGACAUCAUAUUUAUUGCUUACAUCAUAUUCCCAUUGUCUGUUUGGGUUCACUUCUUUAAAUCUGUUUAUGCACUGUAUUUGUUGACUUCUGUUUUUUCUCACACCUCAACUGUUUUCUCACACCUCAAGUGUCUUAUUUGCCUCAGGUAUAUAAGAUUCUGAAUAAAUCGUGAUA